GCUGCCGUGGUCACGUGGGCGGGGGAAGAUGGCGGCGGCCCAGGCGGUGGAGGAGAUGCGGAGCCGCGUGGUCCUGGGCGAGUUUGGAGUUCGCAACGUUCAUACCACCGACUUCCCCGGGAACUAUUCGGGCUACGACGAUGCCUGGGACCAGGAGCGCUUCGAGAAGAAUUUCCGUGUGGAUGUGGUACACAUGGAUGAAGACUCCUUGGAAUUCGACAUGGUGGGAAUCGAUGCAGCCAUUGCCAAUGCUUUUCGGCGUAUCCUAUUAGCUGAGGUCCCGACCAUGGCGGUCGAGAAGGUCCUGGUGUACAACAACACAUCCAUCGUCCAGGAUGAGAUCCUUGCUCAUCGCCUGGGCCUUAUUCCCAUUCGUGCUGACCCCCGUCUCUUUGAGUAUCGGAACCAAGGAGACGAAGAAGGCACUGAGAUCGAUACUCUGCACUUCCGGCUGCAGGUCCGGUGUACGCGGAAUCCCCAAGCUGCUAAGGACUCCUCGGAUCCAAACGAGCUCUACGUGAACCACAAAGUGUACACCAGGCACAUGACGUGGGUCCCCCUGGGAAACCAGGCUGACCUCUUCCCGGAGGGCACCAUCCGGCCUGUACACGAUGACAUCCUCAUCGCGCAGCUGCGGCCUGGCCAGGAGAUCGAUCUGCUAAUGCACUGUGUCAAGGGCAUUGGCAAAGACCAUGCCAAGUUUUCACCAGUAGCAACGGCCAGUUACCGGCUUCUGCCGGACAUCACCCUGCUGGAGCCCGUGGAGGGGGAGGCGGCAGAGGAGCUGAGCCGGUGCUUCUCACCGGGUGUGAUCGAGGUGCGAGAAGUCCAAGGUAAAAAGGUGGCCGUAGUUGCCAAUCCCCGGCUGGACACCUUCAGCAGGGAAGUCUUCCGGAACGAGAAGCUGAAGAAGGUCGUCCGGCUGGCUCGGGUCCGGGACCACUACAUCUUUUCUGUCGAGUCGACAGGGGUGUUGCCGCCGCAUGUGCUGGUGAGUGAAGCCAUCAAGGUGCUGAUGGGCAAGUGCCGGCGCUUCCUGGAUGAACUCGAUGCAGUUCAGAUGGACUGAGGCGGUGCAUGUUGGAGUACAGGGCAGGCUUCUGGGGGUCCCGGAUGCAAUGCAUGGGCCCAGCCUGGAUAAAGGGUUCUGCUGUCCCCCCAGUUGGGACUAGGGGUCCUGAGUAUUCUGGGACAACACCUACUCAUUUUGGCCAAUACAUUUUGUUAAAUGUGCUGUACAUGACACGCCUUUGUAAGGCUCCAGUGUAAAUAAACUCACUCAACAC